GCAGUUGAUACAAGGGUGCAAAUGAAUGCAAAUGUAUUACUACCUGCAUCUGUGUGUAUGUAUUUUGUGUUAGAAACAGAAAGAACUAAAGACUUGUUCAUUUCUUUGUGUAAAGUGGCUCUGUAGGCUUCAGUCAGCCUUGGGAUUGGCUUCAAUUCCACAAGUAACCUUGGAGAGGAAAAAAAGUCACUUGUCUUCCCUCAGUUUAUUUUUUUUAAAUUGUUUUUAAACAGAAGAAUGUUAUCACCAUAUCUCUAUUUGCACAGUGGUUUUUUUUUUAAUUUAUUAAAAUGGUUACUUUGCAUGAGUUGGGGGUACGUAGAUGUGGAGGUCAGAAGACAAUUUUUAGGAGUCAGCUCUCAACUUUAUGCCCUGUUGAUACAGGAUCUCUUGUUUCUGCUGCUGCUUUGAAUGUGGGGUUCAAGUUAUCAAGUGCAGCCAAGGACUUUUACCCACUGAACCAGUUUCCUAGUUUGCUUUUAUUUUUUUAUAAAAAGAUUUGAGUGUUCUGAGUAAUUUUCCUGUAUGUAUGUGUGUGUACUAAGUGCAUGCCUAGUGUCUGGAGGUCAAAAAAGGGCAUCAGAUUUUCUGGAACUUCAGUUAUGGAUGGUUGGGAGCUACCACAUGGAUACUGGGAACCCAAACCAGGUCUGCUGCAAGAAUAUGUGCUCUUAAUCUGAGCCAUCUCUCUAGUCCCUUUCCCUUCCCCUUUUGCUUUUAAAUUAGAGUGAUUGUAAAGACUUUAUUGAGUAUCAGAUAAGUCCAGUAAGAGACAUGUGUGAUCAGCAAGCUUUUAUUAAGCCAAUAUGUGUUGUUUAUGCUCUAUAAAGCAUAGGACCCUUCUGUGAUUUCUGCAACUUUUCCCAGCCACACAGACCUUGCUGCCCUGUCACAGUGGGCAAGCUGCACCCUUCCCCCACCCCAUGUCCUUUCCCUCAGGUCUAGACUCAACUUUAUCCAGAUGUUUCUAGGUCUUACUUCUGAAAUCCUUCAGUUCUCUGAGAUUCCCUGGCCACUCUACAUAAAUUAGCUAACUCGGGUGCAAUGUGCUCCGCUUGUUGCCAGCACUUAGGAUACUAUAGCCAGCGGGUAUGAGUUUGAGGCUAGCCUGUGCUACAGAGUCAGGUCCAGGUAAAUCUAAAACUCACCCCUCUGGUGCUUUUUGCUCCUCUUCACUGUUUCCCUUCUCUCCACAGCAUUUGUCAUCCUUUCAUUUCUUAUCUGAGAUCCCACUGAUAGUCUAUGACCACAGAGUACAGAUAAGGAAUUGGAACAGAACCAACAGUCGUUUCUACAGCCUCUCAAUGGAUCCUGUCAGGCCGUUGUUCAGGGGGCCCACCCCAGUCCACCCAUCUCAGUGUGUGCGGAUGCCAGGCUGUUGGCCUCAAGCUCCUAGACCUUUGGAACCAGCUUGGGGUAGGGCAGGACCUGCAGGCAGAGGCCUUGUGUUUAGAAAACCAGAAGACUCCAGCCCACCACUCCAGCCAGUACAAAAGGAUUCUGUAGGUUUGGUGUCCAUGUUCCGUGGCAUGGGUCUUGACACAGCAUUCCGGCCUCCUUCAAAACGAGAAGUGCCUCCUUUAGGCAGAGGAGUUCUAGGUCGAGGCUUGUCUGCUAACAUGGUCCGCAAGGACAGAGAAGAACCCCGUUCCUCUUUGCCUGAUCCUUCGGUGCUGGCAGCUGGGGACAGCAAACUGGCAGAGGCUUCUGUUGGUUGGAGUAGAAUGCUGGGAAGAGGUAGUUCUGAGGUCUCUCUGUUACCACUGGGACGAGCAGCCAGUAGUAUAGGCAGAGGAAUGGACAAACCUCCCAGUGCCUUUGGCCUCACAGCUCGGGAUCCCCCACGGCUGCCACAGCCUCCAGCUCUGUCUCCAACUUCACUGCACUCUGCCGAUCCCCCUCCGGUCCUGACUAUGGAACGAAAGGAAAAAGAGCUUUUGGUCAAGCAAGGAUCAAAAGGAACUCCUCAGUCUUUGGGACUGAACCUCAUCAAAAUCCAGUGUCAUAACGAAGCAGUUUAUCAGUACCAUGUGACUUUCAGCCCCAGUGUGGAAUGCAAAAGCAUGAGGUUUGGCAUGUUGAAGGACCACCAGUCUGUCACUGGAAACGUCACUGCUUUUGAUGGCUCUAUUCUUUAUCUUCCUGUUAAGCUUCAACAAGUUGUUGAGUUAAAAAGUCAGAGGAAAACUGACGAUGCCGAGAUCAGUAUCAAGAUUCAGCUGACAAAGAUCCUGGAGCCGUGUUCUGACCUGUGCAUCCCCUUCUACAAUGUUGUCUUCCGGCGGGUAAUGAAACUUCUGGAUAUGAAGCUUGUGGGGAGAAACUUCUAUGACCCUACAAGUGCCAUGGUACUGCAGCAACACAGAUUGCAGAUCUGGCCUGGCUAUGCGGCUAGUAUCCGGAGGACAGACGGGGGUCUCUUCCUGCUCGCUGAUGUCUCUCAUAAGGUCAUUCGGAACGACUCUGUGCUGGAUGUCAUGCAUGCUAUCUACCAGCAGAACAAGGAGCACUUCCAGGACGAGUGCAGCAAGCUUCUGGUUGGCAGCAUUGUCAUCACGCGCUACAACAAUCGUACCUACCGAAUCGAUGAUGUGGACUGGAACAAGACCCCUAAAGACAGCUUUGUCAUGUCGGACGGGAAGGAAAUCACAUUCCUGGAAUACUACAGCAAAAACUAUGGGAUCACAGUCAAGGAAGAUGACCAGCCGCUGCUGAUCCACCGGCCCAGUGAGAGACAGAAUAACCAUGGCAUGUUGCUGAAGGGCGAGAUCCUGCUGCUGCCCGAGCUCUCCUUCAUGACGGGGAUCCCUGAGAAGAUGAAGAAGGACUUCAGGGCCAUGAAGGACUUGACUCAGCAGAUUAACCUGAGCCCCAAGCAGCACCACGGUGCUUUGGAAUGCCUGCUGCAGAGAAUUUCACAAAACGAGACAGCCAGCAAUGAGCUGACCCGCUGGGGGCUCAGUCUGCAUAAAGAUGUCCACAAGAUUGAAGGUCGGCUUCUGCCAAUGGAGAGGAUCAACUUAAGGAACACUUCAUUUGUCACAUCGGAGGACCUGAACUGGGUUAAGGAAGUGACCAGAGAUGCUUCCAUUCUAACUAUUCCCAUGCAUUUCUGGGCACUCUUUUAUCCAAAGAGAGCAAUGGACCAAGCCAGAGAACUGGUUAACAUGUUGGAAAAGAUUGCCGGGCCCAUUGGCAUGCGCAUAAGCCCCCCAGCCUGGGUUGAGCUGAAGGAUGACCGAAUAGAGACCUAUAUCAGGACCAUUCAGUCCUUACUGGGAGUUGAGGGGAAGAUACAAAUGGUCGUUUGCAUCAUCAUGGGCACACGUGAUGAUCUCUAUGGAGCCAUCAAGAAGCUGUGCUGCGUGCAGUCCCCAGUGCCCUCACAGGUCAUCAAUGUCCGAACCAUUGGUCAGCCCACCAGGCUUCGGAGCGUGGCUCAGAAAAUUUUACUUCAGAUGAACUGUAAACUGGGUGGUGAGCUCUGGGGAGUGGAUAUUCCGCUGAAACAACUAAUGGUGAUUGGAAUGGAUGUGUACCAUGACCCCAGCAGAGGCAUGCGCUCUGUGGUCGGCUUCGUGGCCAGCAUAAAUCUCACACUCACCAAAUGGUACUCGAGGGUGGUGUUCCAGAUGCCACAUCAGGAGAUUGUGGACAGCCUGAAGCUCUGCCUGGUGGGUUCCUUGAAAAAGUAUUAUGAGGUGAACCAUUGUCUCCCAGAGAAAAUUGUGGUGUACCGAGAUGGAGUGUCUGAUGGCCAGCUAAAGACAGUUGCCAACUACGAGAUCCCUCAGCUGCAGAAGUGUUUUGAAGCCUUUGAUAACUACCACCCCAAGAUGGUGGUGUUUGUAGUUCAGAAGAAAAUCAGCACCAAUCUGUACCUUGCUGCUCCUGAUCACUUCGUAACCCCCUCCCCCGGGACUGUGGUUGAUCAUACCAUAACCAGCUGUGAGUGGGUGGAUUUCUACCUUCUUGCCCAUCAUGUGCGACAGGGCUGUGGCAUACCUACACACUACAUCUGUGUUCUGAACACUGCAAAUCUGAGCCCUGAUCACAUGCAGAGGUUGACUUUCAAACUAUGCCACAUGUACUGGAAUUGGCCUGGUACCAUCCGAGUUCCAGCUCCUUGCAAGUAUGCCCACAAGCUAGCUUUCCUGUCCGGACAGAUUUUGCAUCAUGAGCCAGCCAUCCAGCUGUGUGGGAACCUGUUCUUCCUGUAACUGGGAACUUGGACACCGGCUGCAAGGAGCAACUGGACUCAGCUCAGCUCCUCCUUACAGAAUCAACAGAAAUGGCAGUGGAAUUUUAUGUUUGCAUUUUCUCUUUCUCCAUCCUUGUAGAAUUAGAUUUCUGUUCUUCUUUUAACCCUGAUAUCAUAGUAGGGUGUUGUGGUGCAUGCCUUUUAUCCCAGCACUUGGGAGACUGAAGCAGGAGUAUCUUUAGUUCAAGGCCAGCCUAGACUACAUGGUGAGUUCUAGGCUAGCCAAGAUUACAGAGUGAGACCCUGUCUCAAAAAACAAAAACAAACCACUGUCCCCUCAAAGCCCACAACAAAACCAAAGCCUGGGGUCAAGGAAGCAAGUUUGUAGGUAGCCGCUGGCUGCCCGCUGCCUUCAUGGAGUGUGUGCCGUCAGCGCUGCUUCUCCUCAGCCGAGCGUGGAGCUUCGGACAGGGCAGUGAUGACAUGUUCUUAGCAUGUCAAAUCCCCCUACCAAAUAAGUCAAGCAAGGAAAAAAUAGCCCCCAAGGCAGCCUGAGCAUCAGUUCCUAGAGGUUAUGCCUACAGAACCAUCCUAUUUCUGGUGGCAGAAGUGACAUGAAGUCAUUGCAGACAUCUUAAAGGAGAGUUACUGUGCAGCUGUCUACAUGUGUGAAAGACAUGUAGAAAAACCAGCGUAGGGUACAGUCGGGCGUAUGUGCCCACCUGACCCAGGGCUGUGAGUCUGACUUCCCGAGAGUCUGGCUAGAGCUGCUUUUCUGGUCCUUUUGGUUAUUUGCAACCAUCAUCAGAUUGCUUUCCUGCAGCCCGACUGAUACACGCAUGUGCGCACGCACACACUUUUGUUCUUUGUGACUAAUCUUGAAUAAAUUCAAUUAGAACACAUGGAAAGGAUUCAGCAGACCUAGGAACAUUUGGGGUGGAGUGUAGUUUUUCUGCAAAAGUCUGUAAAUGAGAUUACGCAAGAGUCUCUUCCAGCUGUGGGCUGGUGUUGCUUGGAAAAUUUCAAAAUCCCAAAGUUUCAGGCUUCCCAAAGUUGGCUUGGAAAAAUGUGAUAGUCUCACCUGAGUCUAGACAUGUAGGAAAUUUUCCUAGGGCCUCUGGGCUUCAGUAUUUGGGGGAAGCACUGGUUUUCUGUGUUAUUUUUUUCCUUCUGUUUCAGAAUCUUCAAGUUUCUUCAGGCUUCAGUGGGCCAUCCCUUUACUGGGCUCUAAAAGCUAAUUUUACUUAACCUUUUCAAAUGUGUAUGUAUCUAUUUAUGUUUUGGUGUGGUGGAUGGAUGGUAGGGGACUGAGCAGAAAUAGUCAUUUUAAAUAACAGUGUGCUAGGAGAGCCUCAGUGUGAAGUCCUGAGGAGCAGCGGGGGCUGUGGGAGUCAGUGUCAGCCCUCACUCAGACAGGCCAAGCCUGGGCUCGAAGACAACAUUGUCCAGGGAAGCCUUUAGUUUGCUAUAGCACCCAGAGGUUGGCGAGGAAUAAGGGUUAGGGUCCUCAAAUACACCCAUGGCUUUUGGAGUCUAUGACCAAGGCCAGGCUGAGACCUGAAAUGUAAAAGCCAUAGAAUUAAACAGAACAGACUGAAAAACGAGUCUUAAGUUCCACUUUCUGGAUUUCUCUGGAAGUCUUUUGAAUUUGUCUGUAGAAGUUGCUGUUCCUAGCACUCCUUUUCUCUUUAGGUAGAACAGAUACUUGACCAUAAUGCCAGAAUGUACUUUCUCUGCCUUGGUUUUUCUAUGCCUUGUUUUUCAGUUUCAGGGCCAAACAAUUGGGCCCUGUGGUGUAAAAUAAAAACAAUGUAUGUGUAUA